GCUGCCGCCGCCGCCGCCGCGCUGUGCUCCGGCCGCUCCCCGCCGCCCGUGGAUGGGGGUGUUCCGCUGAGCCCCGCGACCCGCCUCCCUCCGCCAGGACCCGCACAGAUCACUGAAUCCUGAAAGUCACAGGUGUCCUCUUGCUGUGUGAGAAUGGAGGCUCCACUGGUGAGUUUGGACGAAGAGUUUGAGGACCUUCGGGCCUGCUGCUCGGAGGACCAGGAGGAGAAACCACAGUGUUUCUAUGGUUCAUCUCCCCACCAUCUAGAGGACCCCUCCCUCUCUGAGCUGGAAAAUUUUUCCUCGGAAAUAAUCAGCUUCAAGUCCAUGGAGGACCUCGUGAAUGAAUUUGAUGAGAAGCUCAAUGUCUGCUUCCGGAACUACAAUGCCAAGACGGAGACCCUGGCCCCCGUGAAGAACCAGUUCCAGAUCCAGGAGGAGGAAGAGACCCUGCAGGAUGAGGAGGUUUGGGAUGCUCUGACAGACAAUUACAUCCCUUCACUCUCAGAAGACUGGAGGGACCCAAACAUGGAGGCACUGAAUGGCAACAGCUCUGACACCGAGAUCCAUGAGAAAGAAGAGGAAGAGUUCAACGAGAAGAGUGAACACGACUCUGGUAUCAAUGAGGAGCCUCUACUCACAGCGGAUCAGGUAAUUGAGGAGAUUGAAGAAAUGAUGCAGAACUCCCCAGACCCCGAAGAAGAAGAGGAGGCUCUGGAGGAGGAGGACGAGGGAGAAACCUCCUCCCAGGCUGACUCCGUCCUCCUUCAGGAGAUGCAGGCCUUGACCCAGACCUUCAACAACAACUGGUCCUAUGAAGGCCUGAGGCACAUGUCUGGGUCAGAGCUGACCGAGCUGCUGGACCAGGUGGAGGGUGCCAUCCGGGACUUCUCAGAGGAGCUGGUGCAGCAGCUGGCCCGCCGAGACGAGCUGGAAUUUGAGAAGGAAGUGAAGAACUCCUUCAUCACGGUGCUGAUUGAGGUUCAGAACAAGCAGAAGGAGCAGCGCGAGCUGAUGAAGAAGAGGCGGAAAGAGAAAGGCCUGAGUCUGCAGAGCAGCCGGAUAGAGAAGGGAAACCAGAUGCCUCUCAAGCGCUUCAGCAUGGAAGGCAUCUCCAACAUCCUGCAGAGCGGCAUCCGCCAGACCUUUGGCUCCUCAGGAACGGACAAGCAGUAUCUGAACACCGUCAUCCCUUACGAGAAGAAAGCCUUGCCUCCGUCAGUGGAAGAUCUCCAGAUGCUGACAAACAUUCUCUUUGCCAUGAAGGAGGAUAAUGAGAAGGUGCCCACUUUGCUAACGGACUACAUUUUAAAAGUGCUCUGUCCCACCUAACCUUGCCUUGGGGGCAGCCUUGCUGCGGAGGUCACUGAGCAAGAGUCAUUCCAUCACAGGGACUGCAUGACACCACGUAACCUCCGACGUGUAUUUAAACGUGUAUAGCUUAACCCGGAUUAAACAUGAGCAAGCGCGCGGGGUCCUUUGCUGUUGGUUUCUAGUCCUAGUGACCAUUGGAUGCAUGACUGAGGGACAGGGCCGCUGAGGCGCCUCUCCGCCCACGUUGGAGGAAGGCGGGCGCUCUCACUGCUCAUUUAUGUAGUCUGGCUCCAGCCCUCAAAAACAGCUUACAUUCUAAGACUAAUUUUGAAAUAAACCUUCAUUUAAUUAAUAUUC